AAGGCAAAAAAAACACAGAGAGAGUGAGCCAAAGAGAGAGAGGGAACAAUGACGAGCGUUAGCGGGUGUGGGUCGAUGAGCCUGAUUACUAACCGUAGUGCGUUCUUGGGAAGCGGACUUCAACGCCGUGCCGUUUUCCUUAAGCCAUGGUCUUCUUCGUCGUCGUUUUCGCUUCAGUCUCGGUCUUUGGUGGUUGAAUCCAAAACCAAAACCAGUAGCGAAGACAGAAUCGCCCGCCAUUCUCGCAUCCGUAAGAAGGUUAACGGCACAACAGAGAGGCCAAGGAUGUGUGUAUUUCGAUCAAACAAGCAUCUUUAUGUACAAGUGAUUGAUGAUACCAAGAUGCACACUUUAGCUUCAGCUUCCACCAAGCAGAAACCUAUCUCUGAGGACUUCGAUUACACCUCUGGACCUACCAUUGAGGUAGCAAAGAAAGUUGGGGAAGUGAUAGCAAAAUCUUGCUUGGAGAAAGGGAUCACAAAGGUGGCCUUUGACCGUGGUGGCUACCCUUACCAUGGACGCAUUGAGGCUCUUGCCGCUGCAGCUCGUGAACACGGUCUUCAGUUUUAACACCAUUUGCUUUCUUGAUUUCUGAGGAACAGAGUAUGAAUGUAGAGAACUCUCAUUGAAAUGUUCAAGUUUUCCUCUUUGAAAAGUGUUGUUACUUGUUGAUUGAAAUCAUUUUUAAGUGUCUUGUUUUUGGGUUUCAAAAAGAGAUGUGAAAAAGAGUACUUAAGAAGUUAUAAGCUAUGAAAUGAAUUCGUUUAAAUCAAAAA